AUGUCAUUGGAGCCUAUAGACCCAUUCAUAGUUAGUGCUCCAGGAAAAGUGAUUAUAUUUGGUGAACACUCAGCUGUAUAUGGAAAACCCGCGAUUGCAGCUGCAUUAAGCUUACGAUGCUAUUUACUUGUUAUACCGUCUGCUGAUACAAACACUAUACGAUUGCAAUUUCCCGAUAUUGAGCUUGAUCACUCGUGGGACAAGAGCUCAAUCCCGUGGAAAGAUAUUCAAAGCCUUCUAUACUAUGAUGAUAAAGGGCAUCCAGUACCUCCUUCGGAGUUGGUAUCUGGCAUUGUGGAUAAGUUGUCCGAUGCACUUAGUGGUUUCGAAAACAAUAUUCAUCAUAUUGCCUGCUUUUGCUUUCUUUAUUUGUACGUUUGUCUUUGCAAAGAGAGCCAGCCGGGAAUGACAUUCAUAGUUAGGUCCACAUUACCAAUUGGCGCUGGUUUGGGCUCAUCUGCAUCAACUGCAGUUUGUCUUUCUACAGCGUUGUCGAAACUAGGUGGCUGGAUCAGAGAUCCACACAUACAUGAAAAAGACACUACUCCAAAGCAGGACAUACCCGAUCUUGAAUUCAUCGACAGAUGGUCUCUUAUUGGUGAAAAGUGUUUUCACGGGAAUCCCUCGGGAAUUGACAACGCAGUUGCAACACAUGGAGGUGCAGUAAUGUUUCAAAGAUCUUCAGUGCCUGAAAAACCAUCGGUUCGAACUAAUAUAAGAACGUUACCCGCUAUGAAGUUAUUGUUGACCAACACAAAAGUCCCAAGGAGCACUGCUGAAUUGGUAGGAGGGGUUGGGAAAUUGAAUGGCAAAUAUCCCGCUAUAUUAGCACCAAUUUUAGACUCAAUGGGCAGCUUGGUACAAGAAGCGUAUCGAGUGAUGACACACCCUGACUUUGAUUCCAAAGAAACAGCAGUUUUGCGCCAGUUAGUCAACAUAAAUCAUGGGCUUUUAGUAGCAUUAGGAGUGUCUCACCCGUCAUUGGAGAAGGUGAAGAUGAUUGGGGAUGAUUUAAAAAUCGGCUCAACAAAAUUAACUGGAGCUGGCGGUGGAGGUUGCGCAAUAACAUUGGUUAACGACGAUGCUGAUGAGCCGGUAAUUCAUCAAGCAAUGUUGGAGUAUGAGCGUCAAGGUUUCGAAAGUUUUGAAACUUCGUUGGGAGGAAAAGGCGUAGGCAUAUUGUUUCAACUGGAUAUCCCAGAUGAUAAAAAGUUUAACCUGGAGCUGUUUUGCAAUUAUGCCAAUCGAUUAGAAAUUGAAACGGCCCUCGCUGUAGAGAACGUACCUGAAUGGCGAUUUUGGUAA